AUGUCUCGCCCCGACAUGGGCCCCCCGGCCAAGAGGCACAAGGGCGAUGGACACCUCCCUCACGGACUCCGCGAAGCCAAACGGAAGGACAUCGACAACUGGGAAACCAAUCGAAUGCUCACCUCGGGUGUAGCACAACGUCGAGACCAUGAAGGAGAUUUUAUGCCCGAGGAUGAAGAGGCAAAUCGAGUGCAUUUACUCGUUCACGACCUCCGGCCGCCUUUUCUCGAUGGCCGCACGAUCUUCACGAAACAGUUGGAGCCGAUCUCUGCCGUUCGAGAUCCGCAGAGUGACUUGGCGGUCUUCAGCCGGAAAGGAAGCAGGGUUGUUCGUGAUCGCAGACAACAGCGCGAGCGGGAGAAGCAAGCGCAGCAGGCGACAAAUAUGGCUGGCUCAACGCUGGGAAACUUGAUGGGUGUCAAGGAAGACGAGGGAGACAGCGCAGUCGCUAUGCCUGUCGAGGAGACCUACAAAGGAGGAGGAAACAAGUUCGCCAGGCAUAUGAAGAAGGAGGGCGGUGGCGCCAGCGCUUUCAGCAAAAACAAGACCAUGCGUGAACAGCGAGAAUAUCUGCCUGCCUUUGCCGUGCGUGAAGAUCUACUGAGGGUUAUUCGGGACAACCAGGUUGUGGUAGUUGUCGGGGAGACGGGGUCUGGAAAGACCACCCAGCUCACACAAUUUCUACACGAAGAUGGCUACUCCAAGUAUGGUAUGAUCGGAUGUACACAGCCUCGUCGUGUGGCUGCCAUGAGUGUCGCCAAGCGUGUCAGUGAGGAGAUGGACGUCGAGCUCGGUGGACUCGUUGGUUAUGCUAUCCGUUUCGAGGACUGCACAAGUGACGAGACAAUGAUCAAAUACAUGACCGACGGUGUGUUGCUGCGAGAAUCCCUCACACAGAAGGAUCUCGAUAAGUACUCAUGCAUCAUUAUGGACGAGGCACACGAAAGAGCUCUGAAUACCGACGUUUUAAUGGGCCUUCUUAAGAAAGUCCUGGCGCGGCGCAGGGACCUGAAAUUGAUUGUGACCUCGGCAACGAUGAAUUCAGAACGCUUUUCACGCUUCUAUGGUGGUGCUCCAGAAUUCAUUAUCCCGGGUCGAACAUUCCCCGUUGAUCUCCACUUCUCGCGCACACCCUGUGAGGACUAUGUCGACAGUGCGGUCAAGCAGGUCUUGGCUAUCCAUGUUUCCCAGCCCGCUGGUGAUAUCCUUGUCUUUAUGACGGGACAAGAAGACAUUGAGGCCACCUGCGAGCUGGUUGAAGAACGGCUGAAGCUGCUGAAUGAUCCUCCGAAACUCAGCAUAUUACCGAUUUACAGUCAAAUGCCGGCCGAGCAGCAGGCGAAGAUCUUCGAGAAGGCCGCUCCGGGCGUGCGCAAAGUCAUUGUGGCCACUAACAUCGCUGAGACGAGUCUGACAGUCGAUGGUAUCAUGUACGUCGUGGACGCAGGUUACUCGAAGCUGAAAGUGUACAACCCACGCAUGGGUAUGGACACUCUCCAAAUCACGCCGGUUUCCCAAGCCAAUGCGAACCAGCGGUCUGGACGAGCUGGCCGCACUGGGCCUGGUAAAGCCUACCGUCUAUACACCGAGACGGCUUACAAAAACGAACUGUAUAUCCAAACGAUCCCCGAGAUCCAGCGAACCAGUCUUUCGAACACUGUGCUUUUGCUGAAAUCUCUUGGCGUAAAGGACCUUUUGGACUUCGAUUUCAUGGAUCCGCCUCCCCAAGAGACAAUUUCUACCUCUCUUUUCGAGCUGUGGUCGCUAGGUGCUCUAGACAACCUGGGCGACCUUACAACUCUGGGCCGACGCAUGACGCCAUUCCCCAUGGAUCCCCCUCUAGCCAAGCUCAUAAUCAUGGCCGCCGAAGAAUACGAGUGCAGCGAGGAGAUGUUAACCAUAGUCUCAAUGCUAUCAGUUCCAAACGUCUUCUACCGCCCCAAAGAACGAAUGGAAGAAUCCGACUCCGCGCGCGAGAAAUUCUUCGUCCCCGAAUCCGACCAUCUAACCCUUCUCCACGUCUACACCCAAUGGAAAACCAACGGAUACUCCGACGCAUGGUGCACUAAGCACUUCCUACACGCCAAAACCCUCCGUCGCGCCAAGGAAGUUCGCGACCAGCUCCACGACAUCAUGACCGUACAGAAACUGCCCCUCAUCAGCUGCGGCACAGACUGGGACAACAUCCGCAAAUGUAUCUGCUCCGGCUUCUACCACCAAGCCGCUAAAGUAAAGGGUAUCGGCGAAUUCAUCAACCUCCGCACCAGCGUGACCAUGUCACUCCAUCCAACAAGUGCCCUCUACGGUCUCGGUUACGUGCCCGAAUACGUCGUCUACCACGAGCUGAUCCUAACGGCUAAAGAAUACAUGUCCACCGUGACAGCGGUCGACCCUCACUGGCUCGCCGAACUCGGAGGCGUAUUCUACUCCGUCAAAGAAAAAGGCUACUCACAGCGCGACCGGCGCGUGACAGAAAUCGAGUUCAACAAGCGCAUGGAAAUCGAGGCGCAGAUGGCCGUUGAUCGUGAACGCGCUGCUGCUGAGAAACAGCGCGAGCUGGAACGCAGUGAUCCCGCCCGUCGCAGGAUGGAAGUCGAGGUUGGCGGGAAGUCGGCUGUGCGUAGACCUGUCAUCAAGCCGGGAAGAAAGGUCGGUGGUUUGACUGCUUCCUCUUCUGCUUCGUCCCGGCCUGGUGCUGACGGUGCAGGAAGAGGGGGUGGUGGAGGUGGUUCUGGAGGUAGUGUGGUCAAAAGGCCUGUGGUGCCGAGGAGGCCGGGACGGGCGUUCUAG